UUUAUACUAUUUUAGGGAUGUCGCUGGAACAAAAGACAGAUAUAAAAGUCUUAGUGGCUGCCAUCGACUUUGGUACAACCUACUCUGGCUAUGCCUUCUCUUUCAAAGAUGAAUACGAAAAGGAUCCAACAAAAAUCAUGGCCAAUACAACAUGGGUAUCUGGGCACAAGAAUUUGUUUUCUCAGAAAACUCCUACGUGUCUUUUGCUGAAAUCUGAUCAAAGUUUUCAUUCGUUCGGGUACGAGGCUGAAGACACGUACACCGAUCUUGCCAAUGAAGAAAAACAUCAUUCAUGGUACUUCUUUCGGAGGUUCAAGAUGAUGUUACAUAAUAACAUGACUCUAAACCGUGAAACAAUAAUAUCAGACGAAAGCGGCCAAAAGAAGCUCCCUGCUAUGACAGUUUUUGCCCAUGGCAUACGGUAUCUGAAAGAUCACCUUCUCAACCACCUUAAAGUAAAAGGACUGGACGCUUUGAUCAAGGAAGAUGAUGACAUUCACUGGGUUCUGACGAUCCCUGCAAUAUGGAAUGAUAAAUCUAAACAAUUUAUGAGAGAGGCGGCAAAAGAG